AAGCAAGAGAGUGAAGAGUGUCGAUGAGCAAGAGAGAAACCAACACCAUCGACCGAGAUCCACCAGCCGACGCCGGCGGCAAAUGGCUUCGUUGGUCGCCCUCAAGUGGCUCUUCAUUGUCCCCUUGUUGAUCGCCUCAUCUUCCGCAGAUAGCAAGAACAACCCUGCGGAUGAACUGGUAGCUGUGCUAAACAGCAACCGUACUGCUCACAAUUCUUCUUCGCUCUACGACAACCCAGGCCUAGGCUGCAUCGCUUUGCAGUAUAUAAAAGCCUACCAGGGAAAAUGCGAUGAAGUAUCAGGCUCUGAUGCUAAGAAGCCUAUAGACUCUGAUUUUGCACAAGUAUUUGCACCCAACUGUGGAGUUGAUGCAUCCACACUAGGCAGCAUUACUGGACGUCUAAUUGGAUGCCAAACAAAAUACGUCCAUGCUUCUGAAGCCUUUUCUGAAGUUCUGAUAAAAGAUGCACGAAGCUUGUCAAUCCUUUAUGACAAGAACCACACAGAGGUGGGUGCUGGAAUCAGUGGGUCAGAUGGUGGUUCUCCAUACUUCUGGUGUAUUUUAUUCAGCAGCGGAAAACAAAAUAGCAGCUUCGUGCUGCAGGGAGGCACAGCAAAAGUACAGAGACCUGGGUGCUUCAGUGGAACUAAUGAAUCUUGCAGUGGUGCAGUGAGGUCAGCAGUUGCAAGUGGCAUUGUCAGUGGGAUCUUUCUUUCAUUAGUGUGUGCAUCUCUGUUCAUUUUAUGAUUGGAACUGUCUGGAUGAGCUUGUAGUUUUAUUCUGUGAAUUUUGUUGUACUCUCGCUCGUUUGAAAUUACCCUGAUCUGUUUCGAUUAA